ACACCCUCCAACAGCAACUUCUUCCAACAACCCAACAACAGUUUGGUGAAGAACAAUGCAUUUUCCAGCACGAUCCUUAAAUUUAGGGGUCCCUUUACCGUGGAUUUGCUACGGAUUCGCUCCGUUUUGCGAAAUACGGAAAGUUUGCUGUUGCACAAGGCAGUAUGGGUAGAAUUUUCUCCCCCAGCCAGAAUUUUCCGACGCCAUUACACUCAGUGCGGUCAGUGCCAGCCUGAAGUUCUGCGAGUCACAUGGAAAGUUGGAAACAGAGAGGUACUCGGUGGCUCAUUCCUCUUAAACACACACCAACAUGGAACUUGUGAAAAACUAUGUCAAGAAAGCAAUGCCAUCGCUCAGUAGCGAUCAGAUGGAUACACUCAUGGCUAAACUGGAGGAAUUAGGAGUUCUCUCUGUAGAUGACCUGAGCCUUGUGGACCCGGAGGACAUUAAAGACACUCUGCCAUUCAUUCAGUGCAAAAGAUUCGUCAGAGCUGUCAAAGCAUUGGAAGCAGAUUCACAAGCUCCACCGCAGUUCACCAGGCCUGGCCCCUCAUCAACACCUGAGCCACAGAGGUUUCAGCUGCCCUCAACACCACCUGAGACAGCCGACUCCCCAUCCCAAGACACAUAUUCUGUACCAUGGCACAACUUUCCCUCAAAAGUCAUGGAUGAGUUGCGUGGAAAGAAGUACAUAAUGGGGAAAGACAGACGAGAGAUGGUUCAGAUCGUCGCUGAAGAUUACCUCCACAAACACCCAGGAAGACCUGGUAGACAAAAGCUGAGGGAACUCGCCAGUAUGAUUGUAGGACAAUAUCCUGCCUCCUUCAAGCUGACAGAGCCGUUUGGAAACAAACCUUUUGCAAAAGAUGGUUCUGAAACUGUCAUUCGUCAGCUGGAACACAGAAUUGAAAAUAUGAAGAGGCCACAAAGCUCACUGAAGAGGCGAGCAGGGGGUGAAAAUUCAACAAAGAAAAGGCCCAGGAAUUCAGAUCUGUAUGGAUGUGUGGCAUGGGAUCCAAUCAUUGAGGGGACUGUGUGUAGAGAAGACCUGCUGUCUAAACGAGAUGACUUGAAACGUGCCUUUCAAACCCGGGAUCUUCAGGAGUCAUCUGUUCGAAAAUUGAUGACUGAAACAUAUCCCAUUCAGCGUGAAAUCCUCAACGAUGCUGAUACCCCUAUUGGCGUUGUAAAGGACGAGUGGCCGUUCCUGUUUGAAGUUCCUCACCUGUUUGAUCAUGCAUCUAAACUCCUUGGCUUCUCUGUACAAAACAAGCUGGCACAGGAACUUUCCAAAAAAGAAAAGGGGAUCAAUGACUUCCUUGACUCCAAAGGGAUGAAGACGGGCGAAGGUACAAUACAGCUCAUCUGUGGCAUUGCAAAAUACUUCAAGGAAGACUCUUAUAAACUCUUCGACAAAAAAGAGAUCUCUGCAGAUCCUGAAGUCGAACUCCCAGUGACCCCAUGCAUCCUAGUCAGAGGUGACCAGCAAUUCAAGAUUGCUCUUGAUGGGUUACUUGUCAUGACCACAUCACCUCUCCCAUUGUGGCCUUGAGCUACGUCUUCUCCAUGUUUUAUGUCUGCAACAUCCAAUACCCGGAGAUGGCUUUUACUCUCGAAUUCAUGCAAAGGUAUGCACUCAUUGUUUGGAAAUACUUUGUAAAUGUGACUUUGCCGUGCCUUUCUGCACCCGACCUGCUUUUUGUCAAUCUACACCAAACCCCUUUGUCUGAGAUGUACAAGCUCAAAAUGUGUCGCCACAUGCUGUGAGCUUUUAGAUCAGCUGUUAUUGGCUUAUGAUCCCCCUGAAUAUGGAUUUGUUCGUAGAUUUCGUAGCUCCCUGUUGAAGACUAUUGUUGGAAUAAAUGUCAUAUUUUUAAAUAUUGCAGGUAACAUGCUUUUUGCUUUACAUAGUGUCCCAAGUCAAUCAAAGACAAAACAAACAUAACAUGAUUCUAGUUGGGAAAUGGAGCAAAAACAUAUUUUUCUUAGAAUGGUUUCUUGACACAAAAUUCGUUUGAGCUAUCUCUUUAAAACCAUUAGCACCUGAGACCAGGUUAUGUCAGUGGUGGUCAAACCUUUUCAUGUCAAAGACACACAAACUGAAAUGUAUUUGGCUGCAGACUCCAACCUCAAAAUAUGUUGUUCCAGGGACCCCCUCCAGAAGCAAAGACUAAACAUAUUCAUUUAAAAAAUAAUACAUGCUGGAUUCAUGCCCAAAUGUUAAUACUUUGAUGUGUAACAUGCACUGAAUGUCACAGUUGCUCCACUCCAUGUUUGAGUAAACCCCCAGGACAGUCCGUGUUCAAAUGUGCUGUUACACCUUUUGAUAGGACGAUGCCAACUGUGUUUUCUAUCCCCUUCUGUGUUCUGUGCAUUUAUAAUAUCCCUGCACACAUGUUGAGGAUGCAUGCUGUCAUGUGUUGGUGAUAAGCAGACU